CUACUACUUCUUCUCACAGUCGUAUACACCUACCUACCCAGUAAAUACUGAAAUCAAAAUGUCUUCAUCAAACACCAACACCAAGAAGACCAUCGCCUUCCUAGGCGCUUCAGGUGGUGUCGGCCUCGCAGCGCUGACCCGGGCCAUGGCCGCGGGGCAUACCUGCAUCGCACUCUGUCGUACGCCGAGCAAGCUCACGGACCGGUUCCCAGAGGCGCAGUACCCGAACCUGAAAGUCGUACAAGGGAACGCGCACGACGUCGUCGCCGUGGCACGAUGCCUGUUUUCGCCCUCCCCUUCUACCUCGAACUCGCCCGUCGCCAAGCCGGUCGACAUGGUGAUGUCUUCGAUCGGCGGACAAUUCCAGUUCGCGAAGAUGACGAUCGACGACCCGCACGUGUGCGAGAACGGGAUGAAGACUCUUCUCUCGGCCAUCGACAAAGUGCGACGGGACCACGCCGCGGCGCUGGGAGAAAAACAGUGGAGGCCGCGCAUCAUCGUCGUGAGUACGUGCGGCAUCUCGAAGGCUGGCCGCGACUUCCCGCUUGCGACGCUGCCGAUUUACAAGUUCAUGCUGAAGGUCCCCCACGUCGAUAAGCUGGCUAUGGAGAGCUUGCUCACGGGCGCCGCGGCCGAGAAGGACUACUCUUACUCGAUCGUGCGCCCUAGCUUGCUGACUGAUCCUGCGGUCCCCGAUAGGAAGAUACGGGUUGGUGUUGAUGAGAAGCCGGAGGUUGGGUACGGCAUUUCGAGGGAUGAUACGGGGAGGUGGAUUUUUGAGAAUUUGUUGGGUAUCGAGGGGGCGUAUGAGAAUAGGGUUGUUACGAUUACUUGGUAGUUUCUAACCGGUCCCGAGAUUUUUCUUAUUUGCUGGCGUCACUCAGCGCUUGUUUAGGAAGUACAGAGCACCGUACGACCAUUUCUUUUUAGCCUCGCCCUCUAUUCGCAUAGAUGAAAUGUUUCAGACUUUUGUUAGCUUUAUACAUUUCUC